CACGUGUCGCCAUGCGACCGUCUCGCCUCGGCCACACCAGGACCCUUGAGCAUUGCCACAGCAAAUCAAGAAUGCUAAUGCUGAUCUUUCUUGAUGGAUGUCACCCGCCACAACCACCGGUGACCGAAGAGCUCCAAGCCCCCUGUCUCCACCCACAAAUCAACUCCACUCUCUCUGGGAUCCGUUGAUGAUUGAUGGAAUCGGGUGGCUGGCUUCGCUCUCCCGGCACUUCUUGAUUCAACAUGGCCAACACUCCACCGAGAUCCGACCGCAGUCUAUUGGAACGACUGAACGCACUGAAGCCUACAAGCGUCAGUCUUGACAGGGAGCCAAUUUCAAACACCGCCCAGUCGGAUGCGGCGUUGUCCAGAGACGAUGCCCUCACAGCCCGCCUCCGGACCCUGCGGAAUCUGCCUAGCGGCGGCCGUGCCGGCGCCGGCAGCGGCAGUGGGUCCGUCUCCGCAUCUCCGCGGGCCGAGGUAGACUCGCCAGGCCAAAACCGGCGAGAGCCUGGAGUGCGGCCGUCCGUGGCACUGCCGCCGUGGGCUGCGCCAGUGGGAAGUGGCGAGGAUGGCGGCGGUGGUGGUGAUAUCGACCCCCUAUUCCUGACUGAUGACGCUGCGCUGGAUGAACUCCUCGAAGGAAUAAUAGAUUUCGAUAUUAGUGUCUCUGAUGAUGUGGGCACGAGGGACUUUGACCCGGCCGCCGAGUCGAAGAAGGUUUCCGAGGCCCUGGAAAGGCUCAAGGGGAAACAUUCCGUCGGCCCGAAUCGGGGCGCACCAGUGGGGCACAGCCACGACGAUGAAUCCGAGGGCGAGGACAUGGCGCGCGAGAUUGAGCGCAUUCUCUCCCAGGCCUGCGACGAGGCGAAGGUGAAGGAUGGAGAGCAAUGGCAGGGCAUCCCCGGGCAGGGAGAGUCUCCUGACCAACCCCCCGCAGACUCGGCCGGGCCGAAACCGCGCGGGGCAGAGUCUAAGUCAGACGAGGCAGAUGGCUUCUCUCUUCCAUCGGUCCCGUCGGCGCUAGCCGACCUAGGCCCACCCGAGGCUGAAUCGGAAUCCCCCGACCACCAGACCAGGAGGAGUCUUGAUUUCGAGGAGGACAUCGCCACGCGCAUGGCGGCGCUCAAGGGGCUGGGUUCCGGCAGCAAAACCAACUCCUUUGGGCUGCCGUCUGUGCCGACAUUCAAGCCCGAGGAUCGCCCCUCAGCGAAGAUCGCAAGAAAGCCAGGCUACACGGACGAGGAUUUGAAGACCUGGUGCAUCGUCUGUCUGGAGGACGCAACUGUGCGAUGUGUCGGCUGCGAUGAUGAUGUCUACUGUGCCCGAUGUUGGAGGGAAAUGCACGUCGGUCCGGCAGCAGGCUAUGAAGAGAGGGGUCACCAAUGGGUCAAGUUUGAGAGGAGGUAGUCAUAUCGAAAUCCUUAAACCUGUCCGGUAUAGCCUGCCUACAUAUCACACCUUACAAUUUCAUGUAUCGUAUUGUACAAAGGCCCAUUGCGAAUAACAGAUCCAUCCAAGCAAAAAAAACACCGCCCAUCACAAACCAG